AUGUUUACCCUCAUUCGACAUAAAAGAUUUCACUCUGGAGGAAAGCGGUAUGAGUGCAUAGAUUGUGGGAAGUCCUUCAGUGAGAAUUCCAAACUCAUUCGACAUCAAAGAAUUCACACUGGAGAAAAGCCUUAUGAGUGUUGUGAAUGUGGGAAAGCUUUUACCCGCAAUAAUUCCCUUCUUAUCCACAAGAGAGUUCACACUGGAGAAAAACCUUAUGAAUGUGGUGAAUGUGGGAACUCUUUUAGGGAUAAUAGUCAGCUCCUUAUCCAUAAGAGAAUUCACACUGGAGAGAAGCCCUAUGUGUGUUGUGAAUGUGGGAAAGCUUUUAACCGCAAUUAUUCUCUUCUAAUCCACAAGAGAGUUCACACUGGAGAAAAACCUUAUGAAUGCGGUGAAUGUGGGAAGUCUUUUAGGGAAAAUCGUCUGCUCCUUAUCCACAAGGGAGUUCACACUGGAGAAAAACCUUAUGAAUGUGGUGAAUGUGGGAAGUCUUUUAGGCAAAAUCGUCAGCUCCUUAUCCACAAAAGAGUUCACACUGGAGAAAAACCUUAUGAAUGUGUUGAAUGUGGGAAGUCUUUUAGGGAUAAUAAGCAGCUCCUUAUCCACAAGAGAAUUCACACUGGAGAAAAACCUUAUGAAUGUAGUGAAUGUGGUAAGUCGUUUAGGAGAAAUAGUCACCUCCUUAUCCACAGGAGACUUCACAUUGGAGAAAAACCUUAUGAAUGUGGUGAGUGUGGGAAAUCUUUUAACCAAUAUAAUUCCCUUCUUAUCCACAAGAGAUUUCACACUGGAGAAAAACCUUAUGAAUGUGGUGAAUGUGGAAAGUCCUUUAGGCAAAAUAAUCACCUCCUUACCCACAAGAGAGUUCACACUGGAGAAAAACCUUAUGAAUGUGGUGAUUGUGGGAAGUCUUUUAGGCAAAAUAGUCAGCUCCUUAUCCACAAAAGAGUUCACACUGUAGAAAAACCUUAUGAAUGUGGUGAAUGUGGAAAGUCCUUUAGGCAAAAUAAUCACCUCCUUACCCACAAGAGAGUUCACACAUGAGAAAAACCCUAUGAAUGUGGUGAAUGUGGGAAGUCUUUUAGGGAUAAUAAGCUGUUCCUUAUCCACAAGCAUGUUCACACUGGGGAAAAGCCUUAUGAAUGUACUGAUUGUGGAAAAUCUUUUAGCCGAAAAUAUGGGAAUGGGCCUGACCCAGGGUUUGUCAAGAACACCCAUCCUCAGAAAAGAAGUGGUACCUCUUUCAGGGAGUUCGUGGUUCUCACAGUAUCCUGUGAUGAUUGGCUGAGGUUCCAUUUCACCAAUCUGAACAUCUCUGGCGCAAUAAGAGGACAGUUCACAAUCUAA